CUAACUUCAUUAUUAUAUUUUCUUUAUUCAUACCAAACACCCCCUUUUCAAUAUAUUCACAUUUUUUUUCUUUCUUUUAAUCUUGUCAUUGGCCAUGAGGCCAAGAAUGCUAUUUCCAACUUCAAACCAAACAACAAAUUGCCAUAAUAUUUGUGACUCAACAUGUCCUUAUGGAUGCUAUCCAUACCCUAAUAUGAACUAUUACAUGUCAGCACCACCACCAGCACCAAUCGAAUCGAGCAACAAAGUUGUUCAAAACAUUUUACCUUAUAUUAUUAUAUCCAUCGCGUUAUUUGUUAGCUUGUUCCUACUCGUUAGCUACUACAUAAUCAUCGUAAGAAAUUGCUCGAAUUGGAAUCGUAGAAGAACGAGAGGAGAAGGCGAUAACGAUGAGUUGAUUAUUGAUCAUCCAAUUUGGUACAUCAAUACUAUGGGAAUUGAGGCUUGUUUAAUCAAUUUGAUUACAAUUUUCAAGUACAAAACAGGGGAUGGUUUAAUUGAUGGAACAGAGUGCUCUGUUUGUUUGAAUGAAUUUCAAGAUGAUGAGUCACUUAAGUUGUUACCUAAAUGUAACCAUGCCUUUCACAUCGAUUGUAUCGAUAUGUGGCUUAGAUCACACGUUAAUUGCCCGUUGUGUCGUGCUCCUAUCAUCUCCAACACUGUUGUUGCACCCGUGGGAUCAUCAAUAAUCGUUCCCAUAUCGAGUACUAAUAAUGAUAUUGGUUCACAAAGAGAUGUUGUUAUUGUAGAAAUGAACGACAACAAUGAGGCUAGAGAAGGGGAAUUUCAAGAAAACGAUGAUCAUGAUGAACGUCCUGAAACAUCGAAAAAAGAUGUUGAAAUAUUACAAAAAAUGCGAAGGUCAGUAUCUAUGGAUUCUUCAAUUGCUACAAAUAUAGGACUACAAAGUGAAAAAAGAUGUGUUGAGACAAAAAGGAAUGAGGGAACAAGUUCAAAUUCAAGAAUCCAAAGGGUCAUGGACAGUGCUUCUUCAAUGAAGAGAUCAUUUUCUUAUGGUGGGAGGUCAUUUUUUUCGAAAAGUAAGAGAAAUGAGUCGUGCUCGGAGCUCUAAUGUGGAGUCCGAACAGACAAAAAAAAGAAGAAGAUGAGAGACAUGGUAAUUGAUGUAAGGACUGAAGUCUUACUGAGACUUGCACUUUGUUGUACAACUUCAAGAUCAUUUGUAAUGUUUUGUGCCACAA